UUUCAAGGCCAACUCGAGCGUAAGGACUGCAUAUGUUCCCGCGCUCGGGGCUGCGCCUGGCGGAAGCAUGCUUGGAAGUACAACUUGUCAGCGAAAGAGGACCACGGGAUACGCUCUGAAGACCGUGUUACUGAGGAGUGGCAGACAUUCGCGAUCAAUGUCGCCAAUCUGCUGGAGAUGCCGCUGAAAGAACAUGGCACCCUUAAGUUUAAGUCAUUGCAACGCACUCCGAACCCAGAAGAGGAUGUACUCAAAACAGCGUCGAAAUGUUUCAUGGGCUACGUUGAGCAUACAUGUGGGCUCAACAGCCAAAGCCGUGUGCAAUCUCACCGUACAUAUUGUGAGGAAGCAGAUGCAGAAAGUGGAGCCGACGGUGGCGACGAUAUCGUAGACACCGCUGCAGCGCAGCCAACGAUGGCAAGAAUGUUGACAGGACAUCAUUCUAACAGACGAUGUAGUCCAUUUAUGAAUCAAAAGGAUCUGGUGUGCCUUCGUGCUUCAUCCACCCUUCCUGCUAGUCCAGGGUUCGCUCUGGUUGUUCUGUGCGACCAGCGUUUCGGGGUUUCCACGUGUGUCCGAUGUAGAAGCCAGUGAAAUAUGCAGAUGUGUGUUCCAUACGACGCCUGCGAAAACGUCAGUGCGUGACAUGUAUCCAAUGCAACGGUACA